AUGACCAUGAGCUCGUUUUUGAUAAACUCCAACUACAUCGAGCCCAAGUUCCCUCCCUUCGAGGAGUACGCGCAGCACAGCGGCCCGGGCGGCAGAGACGGCGGCCCUGGCGGGGGCCCGGGCUACCAGCAGCCCCCAGUGCCCGCGGCCCAGCACCUGCCGCAGCAGCAGCCCCAGCUCCCCCACGCGGGCGGCAGCCGAGAGUCCGCAGCCUCCUACUACGCGCCGCGGGCCGCCCGCGAGGCUUCCUAUCCCGCAGCCGCGCUCUACCCCGCGCACGGUGCCGCCGACACCGCCUACCCCUAUGACUACCGCGGCAGCGCCAGCCCCGGGCGGCCGCCGCAGCCCGAGCAGCCCCCGGCGCACGCCAAGGGUCCCGCGCACGGCUUGCACGCGAGCCAUGUCAUGCCGCCCGGGCGGCAGCCCCCGCCGCCGUCUCCCCCGCAGCAUCGUGCGGCUGCCUCCGCGCCCCCGCGGCGCUGCGAGGCGGCUCCCGCCACCCCGGGCGUCCCGGCAGGGGGCAGCGCCCCCGCGUGCCCGCUGCUCCUGGGCGACAAGAGCCCGCUGGGCCUGAAGGGCAAGGAGCCCGUGGUGUACCCCUGGAUGAAGAAGAUCCAUGUCAGCGCCGUCAACCCCAGUUAUAACGGAGGGGAGCCCAAGCGCUCCCGAACCGCCUACACCCGGCAGCAGGUCUUGGAGCUGGAGAAGGAGUUCCACUUUAACCGCUACCUGACCCGGCGUCGCCGCAUCGAAAUUGCCCACACGCUCUGCUUGUCCGAGCGCCAGGUCAAGAUCUGGUUUCAGAACCGAAGGAUGAAGUGGAAGAAAGAUCACAAACUGCCCAACACUAAGAUGCGAUCCUCCAACUCAGCCUCGGCCUCGGCCUCAGCCUCAGCAGGCCCACCGGGGAAACCACAAACUCAGAGCCCACACCCGCACCCCCAUCCUCACCCCCACCAGGGCGCCUCCACACCCAUUCCCUCCUCCAUAUAA